UUUAGACCCAAAUUGUCCGACCCGGAACGAAAUUUAUGAAAGAAUUAGCGUCACCACUGGGUUCCCAAAUCAAAGUUGGAGAAACUUCCGAAGGGAGAAAUCUCGAAGAUUUCGCAGCAAUAUGAGAUCAAACAUUGUUUCGGAGGCGGGGCUGUCGACUAGGGUGAAUCAAUGGUGGGAAGGCAUUCCUUUUCUCACAUCGGCAAUGGUGAUUUUUUGUGGUGUUAUUUACUUUGUUUGUCUUUUGGUUGGAUAUGACUCCUUUGCCGAAGUGUGCUUCUUACCCUCUGAUGUUAUUUCACGCUUUCAAGUUUACAGGAUUUACACGGCCAUUCUGUUUCAUGGUUCUCUACUACAUGUUAUGUUCAACAUGUUGGCUUUGGUUCCUCUGGGCUCUGAACUGGAGAGAGUUAUGGGAUCCAUUCGCUUGCUGUACAUAAUUAUUCUACUGGCCACAAGCAAUGCUAUACUUCAUCUUUUCGUAGCAUUGUUGGUAGCUUAUAAUCCGUUUCACCCUUACGAGAAUCUCAUGAAUGAGUGCGCAAUUGGUUUCUCAGGGGUACUAUUUUCAAUGAUUGUGAUAGAGACAGGCCUCAGUGGAGUCCAAUCUCGUAGUGUCUUUGGACUUUUUCAUGUGGCCACAAAAUGGUAUCCUUGGAUCUUGUUAGUGGUGUUUCAACUUCUUAUGCCAAACGUUUCACUACUUGGACACCUAUGCGGCAUUUUGUCUGGGUUUGCAUAUACUUGGGGGCUUUUUAAAUUUCUAAUUCCUGGAACAUCCUUCUAUUCCAGCAUUGAAUCCUUCUCUUGGAUGUCGAGUUGUGUGAGGAGACCUAAAUUUAUUAUGUGCACUGGCGGUAAUACUACAGGCUACAUCCCCACACAUUUGGGUCAAAAUACAACAUCAAGUGGAUUACUUUCUGGAAAUGUAUGGAGGAAUCUGUCUUCGUGGAUGCCACAAAGAGAAAGUAAUUCUCAGGCAACAGAAGACAGUGACAGGUUCCCAGGGAGAGGAAGGACACUUGGUUCUGGUCUAAGUCAAGCAGCUCCUACUCCAAAUCCUGAUUCUACCUUACAAACUAGACUUCUGGAUGACAGAAACAGCCUUGACCACCCAUCACAUCCAGCUAGACUGCAGAUAUCAGACGGAAGGCCUCCAGCAGCAAAUAGUACAGAGACACAUACCAGAUUGACAAGCAAUCAGGGUUCUGUUGCAUCUGAAGAAGAAAUUAAGAAACUGGUUGCAAUGGGUUUUGAAAGGACACAGGUUGAAAUAGCAAUGGCAGCGGCUGAUGGAGAUACAAAUGUUGCAGUCGAAAUUCUUAUGAGCCAACAGCAGGGAUAGCUGAUGGCCAGGAGUGCUUUCCACCAUCACAUACAGAACCCGCAAGUGAAAAUUUUGUAUAAACUGCAUAAUGUUCUUGCUCCUGGUGUUGCAUAUAUUGUGGUAGUCACUCCAUAAGAACAAGAUUUCUGUUGCUUACCUUGCCCUUAUUGUUGAGGACUGAAUUGUGCUAUACAUCUCUUGGAUAAGGAAAAGCAGAAAAUAUACAAGGUCUAUGUACACAUC